AUGGCGAAGUGGGGAGAAGGAGAUCCCAGGUGGAUUGUGGAAGACAGACCUGAUGCGACAAAUGUCAACAACUGGCAUUGGGUUGAGAAAAAUGCAACAAAUUGGUCGAAAGAAAGAAUUAAGGAACUGCUUGUGGGACUCAAGGUGGAACAUGAAAAAGGGACAUGUGAAAUCACGGAGCUGACCCAGAUUGAAGGCGAAGCCAGCGCCAAUAACAGAAAAGCAAAACUAAUAUUCUUUUAUGAGUUUGAAAUAAAAGGCGAAUGGUCGGGUCUGCUGAAGGAUGAUGUCAAUUCGUAUAAGGGAAAAUUUGUGAUACCUAACCUGAGUGAAGAGCAUGAGCCAGAGGCAGUGGACGUGACUGUGACGGUAGAUAAGAAUUGUAAUGAGGCUGAGCAGUUGAAAGAAAUCUUCAGAAUUGAAGGUGCCAAGUGUAUACGAAAACAGCUAUCCCAGUACAUAUCAGAUUUAAAAACGGAGUAUGGUCAGAAUAUAAUUCUUCCCACAAAAAAUAAUCAAGGCUCGGCAAAUAUUACGGGUGUAUCGAGCAAAGAGAACAAACCGAAGCAAGAGCUGAACAAAUUUAUUACAUCUGAUAACUUAAGUUCUGCUGAAUAUGGAGUGAAAAUACCCACCAAAACACUCACCAUGACGGAAUCAUUUCAAUGCCAGGCCUCGGAUCUGUACCGGGCGCUGACAUUUAAACCAAUGGUUGAGGCUUACAUGGGUAGCAACAUCGUGUUUGAACCAGCAAAAGGCGAAAAGUUUUUAUUAGCUGGUGGAAAUAUAACGGGGGAAUUUCUAGAGCUGAUACCAGACCAAAAGCUGGUAAAACGAUGGAGAGUGAAGUCUUGGCCACCAGAACACUACUCGGAGGUCACAAUCGAGCUUGUAGACAGGGAAGGUACCACCACUUUAAAUCUGAAACAAACUGGCGUGCCAGCGGCCCAGUUAGACAGUACCAGGGAAGGCUGGUCGGAAAACUACUGGAACCGCAUGCGCCAAAUUUUUGGAUUUGGUGGCCGGAUAUUUUGA